AUGGCCUUCCUGGAAGACCCCCGGCUCCGCCAGCGCUGGAAUCAGAUCUCGCACAACGCCGAAGGAGUAGCAGAGAAUGCCGCCGCCGGAAUCUGGUCCUUUCAACACCGCUAUAUCGAACCGUGCCUCGCGGGUGUCAGCAACUCGUUGGAUGCGUGCACAGGCCUUUGUCUCGGCGGUGACAGCGAGGAGCGGGCGCGUCGGGCCCGUGAACGCGAGCGGGGCGCUCGUCGCUCUUCGGUAAGGCCAGAGUUCAGCUUCGACUUUUAUGAUGACUGGGAUGACGAUGACGACGCUCUCGCCGGGUACAACUACUACGGUGGAUCGGGGGGUUCCGGUUCCUCCGGGUAUGGAGAAGGGGCGUCAGCAGGCCGUUCAGGCGGCAUCCUCGGGGCUGAUUGGGAUAGGCUACUCGCGGGGACGGGAUCUGCCAGAAAGCACGGCGGUGGUGCUGCCUCCGUGGGGCAGCAUGGUGAGGUGUUGAACCAGCCACGGCGUAAGAGGUCGAUGAGCUACGGCACCAGAGGUCAGCAGACCAGGCGGAAGAAGAGCAUACAGGAGGAUCCGACGAUAAUACCGAGCACUUCGACUUUUGGGUUCUUGGGCAGGUUGCCCUUCAAGAUUGGCGGCACCUUGCGAUACAAGCCAAGUGCAGCAAAUUUAAGAGACCACCCGGGAGCAGAUCGUCAACCGGGGCAAGGCGGUGAACAUGAACCAUUGUUGGGUACGGACGAUGAUGACAGCGAUUUCUAUGGGAACAGGGACGGCUUGCCCUCGAACCAUGCAAAGGAGAAUGGAUACGGACCUUCAUCUAGGCACCAUAGUCCACAGCGGCCGGGCGACGAGAUAUAUAAUCCUAAAACGAGGAAACGGAGCAACACGACCGGCUCGGGAGCUACGUCGGAUUCAUAUAGGUCACGAGGGGAUUUGUUCCCUAGUGACGGCGAGGGCGAAGAGGAUGCGGUACCCCUUGACGACGAGUUCACGAUAGCGCUCGAUCGAGUUGACGAUAGAAGCAGCGGCAAGACACGAAUUAGUAUUAAGAAAGGGAAGAGACGCGCAGGCUCUAACAGCAAGGCACAGGGUAUGUCACGCAGCGUCUCGCGAACGACGAUAGCAUCUGAGAUGACGACCGCGUCAUCUUCAAACCACUCCCACGUAUCUCUCGUGUCGUCUCCAGUCCAAUUACAGAAGCGGCCAAGCUUUGGAUCUGUGGAGGCACCGCUGGUAGAGGAAGCGAUUCUGGUGGAAGAUCCAAUGACACCAUCACUUGAGGAUCUUCAUUACGAAGAGCAGAUGGCAGCGAGAGAGGAAGCCGAAGACGUUGAGCGCAGAAGGAAGGCAGCAGCUCAACUAGCGGCGGAACGGGGCCUUGGUGCUCGUUCAGAAGUCAAGGUGUCCGGGACGGGAAAGCAUGCAAGCUUCGACGAUAUUCCGGACCCGCCUAAUAUAUCUGCCUCUGGCGUCACAAGUACAGUGAGCGAAGGGAGGUUGGAGGCUCAAACUGAGGAGCCCCUGCCAGCUGUGGUACAACCGGACAAAACAGACGGAUUUACUCCAGCGAAACUGCCAAACUUUCGAUGA